AUGACCUUCCCUCCCCCUCACCCUACCGCCCAAUCGUCGAUUGCUUCUGGCACCGAUAAAUCUUCUUCGACCAGGGCCGAUAUUGGUGCUUGGGGUCGGUCUGUGUCGCAGUCCGGCGCACGUCGUGGGUUGACUCCACUCGCGACUAAUCUAUCCUCCGCCGCUCCCCCCACGAACACCCGGGGCUUGGACGCAGGCCAGGGGGCCUCUACAUCGUCUUUCUCCGCCGUCCUGAGCUCUGCUCGCGGGCUUUCCGGUGGGAGUCCCAAACCCACAUCCUCGCCAUUCACCUCAUUGCAAUCUGGCUCGCAACAGCACGCAUCCACACUCUCGUCUCCUAAGUACAGAUCUCACACCCCUUCCAUAGGGUCUCACUUGGCAUCCGCCGCAGGCUCCGCUUCAGGUGGAGGAGGUAUUGGGGGAGGUGGUGGUGGGCCGGGAUCAUCCAGAGGGGUAUUCUCACCUCUCUCGUCCGGAACAACCGUGAAUUCUCCUACAGGCUUCGCAUCCGACAAGUCGGGAUCUACAGCCGCCCAUUCGAGCCAAUCGUCGCUCACCAAAAUCUCCAUCGCGCAGGUAUUCCUUCUGCUCGAUUCCAUUACAGAGAAGGAGGGCAAAGAAAAGUGGGAAACCAAGGCUGCUCAAAUACACAAGCUUGUGACAUCCAACGGCAUGGAGGUCUUUUCCAAAUAUUUCCGUCGUCUCUUGACAGGCAACGCACCACAAAUCUUCCCCGGUGUGAACAAAUCCGUCGAAAAUGCGGGCAAUUACCCCCUGCUCGUUCAGGAGCUCCAGAAAGUGGCCAUCGACAUGGAGCAGUCUCAGAAAAUCGCCGAGACUGUAGAUACCUCUGAAGGAGACAUCUUCCGCGACUUUGAUCUCUCAACCUUCUUGGACCACUUCCGACUGGAUCCCCUUAUGAAAGUUUCGCUCGCUCUGGCAUUCAAGCUGACCAGCAAGUCGGAUCUUCGCGCCAAAGCCGACGCCAUUCUCUCGAACUCCGUUGCACCCUUCCUCCAAAGCCUGGCAAGUCCCACUGAAAUUACCAAGGACUUCCAUAAUACUUUCCUCGGAAUGACCAUUGAACGAUUUAUCCUUUAUCCCCCUCGAAAUUUCACCGACGAUGUCAAGGCAAAGCUUGUCUACGCAGCGAAUCUGCGUUACCAAAAGCUUGGUUUGGAUAUGCCAUUCGAAGUCUCCUCAGCUCUGCAAAUGUUCAAUUUUGUCAACCCUCAAUAUGGCUUAGUACGACAGCUCCAUUCCAAGGGCCCCCGCGCUACCACAAACACCGAAACGAUAAGCGAGUUGAUCAGCUCGGAUCCAAAGCAUUGGAGCGAGGAGCACCUAGCAAGCGGUCUCCUGUUCAUGGUUUUGUCACAAUAUUGGGAGCAGUUUUCGCUGGAGACCUUCUUGAGCGCGUUUGCCGACAAACCAAUCAAUUGGGCCCUGGUCUUCCGGCACUUUGACCGUGAGGGCCUCCGGGUGGACCCAAAGCAAUUCGCCAAACUGUACAAUGUUCUCUCUGUUAUGUCAUCUGAGGGCUCGUCUUUGGAUGUCCAGAGACUUUGGGGCGGAGAUUGGGACCAUCGUGACACACAGAUGUCUUUCUUGACUGCAUUUGUAGCCUCUCGCAUCGACCCUUCCUCAAUCCCGAACUUUCGAGCAACAUUCCCCGCCGACUUCUUCCAAGAUGCGCCUGACAUUGUGAAGCUGCAGGGCGAGCGUGCGGCAAAGUCACCUCUGCGAUCCAUGGAUGCUAUGAAAGCCAUUUUCGAUCUUGCCUUGUUUUCCCAAGCUUCAUGGGCUGCGACAGAGAGCCAGCUCCUCAUCAAAGCAGUUGUCCAAUUCGAUCUCCCAGUGUUCUUGUGCUCCGCUCUUGCCAUUCCUCAGCCAUGGUCCAGCGUUCAACAGAGCUUUGUGCUGCGCACGUUUAUUGUCUUCAUCUCGAAGCAGGAGGACGGAUACCAACUUGCCCUACACGGGGCCUGGCGACAAGACCGACAGUGGGUUGCCGAGCAGCUCUUCACUACAUUCACACAGGACCCGACUUCUACCGCAGUCAUUUACGAACAUGCUCUUGCCUACGGUUGGUUAGAGUACCUGCUUGGGUUCACCAAUGGACUUGCUCUCGAUCUUGCCUGCUAUUCCCACCGCAAGGGCCAAUUCGAUCUUGAGCAAUGGGUUCGAAAUGCAGCCCAGAAGGGCGCCAUUGACAUGGGCGGUCUACUUUCCAAGUUCUUGCGAAUCAAGGCAGAGGAUGAGCUGCAUGUUCAACGAAAGGAACAGUCGGCUCAUCAAAUGGUCAGCCUUGCUGUGAAGACUGUUUACACACUUUUGUCAGUUCUUGAGGAGUAUGUUGGUGACCGCGAGAACCUCACCCCCGUUCAACGUAUCUGUAUCCAGACCUACCCUCGCUUGAUCAAUUAUGGUGAAGGAUUUGACGAUAUCAUUGACAUCAACGGCGAGAAUGGCAACACCCUCCCCGAUUCUAUUGACAAGCAAAUGCAAGAACUAUUUGGGAAAAUGUACCACGAAGAGCUCUCGCUACGAGAGAUGCUGGAGUUGAUGCGCAAGUACAAGUCCUCGCGCGACCCCGUUGAGCAAGAUCUCUUCGCUUGCAUGGUGCAUGGCCUGAUUGACGAAUACCAUUGCUACCACGAGUACCCUCUCGAGGCUUUGACAAAGACCGCAGUCAUGUUCGGUGGUAUCAUCAACUUCCGUCUUGUUGACGGCAUUACGCUGAAGGUCGGUCUCGGUAUGAUCCUCGAGGCCGUCCGCGAACACGAGCCCCACGAUCCGAUGUACAAAUUUGGCGUUGAAGCUAUUGAACAACUAAUCAACCGCCUUUCCGAGUGGGCUGGCUUCUGCCACCUGCUCUUCCAAAUCCCCUCCCUGCAAGGCACCCCUAUCUACCAGAAGGCAGAGGAAGUGCUCCGAGAGCAAGGAAACCAGGUUGGUGAAGCCGAGGCUGGACCUUUCGAUGGAAUGGUUGCCGCGCCCCUCACCAAUGGCAACGCCGCAGAUUCCCCAGUCACCGACGGCUCUGUGCGCAAGUUCCGUGCUAUUCACCUUGAUCCUCCUCUUCGAUCCGAGCUCUACGAAGACCCGGAUGAAGACAUUCAGGACAAGAUCCUUUUCGUCCUCAACAAUGUCUCGGAGCAGAACAUUGACGAGAAACUCCAAGAUCUGCGUGAAGUCCUGCGGGAUCAACAUCACCAGUGGUUUGCGGCUUACCUGGUAGAGGAACGUGCUAAGUUGCAGCCCAACUUCCAGCAACUCUACCUUGACCUUCUUGGUCGUAUUGAUGACAAGAUUCUUUGGGCUGAAGUCUUGCGAGAGACUUAUGUCAGUGUUGCCAAGAUCAUCAACUCGGAAAGCACAUUGACUUCGUCUACUGAUCGUGGUCACCUCAAGAACCUUGGUGCUUGGCUAGGUUCCUUGACCAUCGCCAAGGACAAGCCCAUCAAGCACAAGAACAUCUACUUCAAGGGCCUUCUUCUGGAAGGCUAUGACACCCAGCGUCUUAUGGUUACGAUUCCUUUCACGUGCAAAGUUCUCGUGCAGGCCACCAAGUCUACGGUGUUCAAGCCACCUAACCCUUGGGUGAUGGAUAUCCUGUGUCUUCUCUUGGAACUCUACCACUUUGCUGAAUUGAAGUUGAACCUGAAGUUCGAGAUUGAAGUUCUAUGCAAAGACCUUGACCUCGACCACAAGACUAUCGAGCCGGCUAUUGUCAUCCGCGACCGCGCUGCUCAUGUCGAAGACCCAAUCCCUACCGCCAAUCCUCCAGAGGGCCUCGUUGAGCCAUUCGAAGACCUGUCUCUUAACCCUAUCAACCAGGGUAUUCGCAACGAGCGCCUUUCCCCUGCUGCUAUCAUGUCAACCCUGCCGAGUCUUGACAAGAUUCUCGUACUGCCUUCCUCGGCAAGCAGCAUGGUUGACCCUACCAUCCUCAAGCAGAUCGUUCACACAGCAGUUGAGCGUGCCAUUGCUGAGAUCAUCACCCCUGUGGUGGAGCGCUCCGUCACCAUUGCCUCAAUUUCCACCGUCCAGCUCGUCUCCAAGGACUUUGCUAUGGAGCCCGAUGAGGAGCGUGUGCGCCAUGCUGCGGGCAUCAUGGUCCGCCAGCUCGCCGGUAGUCUUGCGCUUGUUACCUGCAAAGAGCCCCUCAAGGUCAGCAUGACCAACUACAUCCGGAUGAUCCAACAAGAUUACUCCGAGCAACCUAUGCCUGAAGGUCUGAUCUUGAUGUGCGUUAAUGACAACCUCGAUGCUGCUUGUGGCAUUGUUGAGAAGGCCGCAGAGGAGAAGUCUCUGCCCGAGAUCGAAAAGGUGAUCGAGCCCCAGCUGGAGGCUCGUCGCCGUCACCAGGCCAGUCGCUCGAACGACCCCUUCAUUGACCCUUCAAUGAACCGCUGGGGAUUGUUCAUCCCGGAGCCCUACAGACAAGCUCCUGGUGGUCUAAACAAGGAGCAGCUGGCAAUUUACGAAGAAUUUGCCCGCCAAUCCCGUGGCCCUGCGCCAUCCACCGAGGCAUCCGCAGGUCGCCAAAUCACCGACGUUCUUGGAGAAUCCUACCCCGCCAUCCCUAAUCUCUCUACCCCAGCUGAACAGCCAGCUGUUCCCCACAGAACGCCCCAGAUGCAACCUGCAGUUUCGCAGCUCGCGCCUGCACACACCAACGGCUUCCUGGAUGCCCAAAGUCCACGCGAACGAGUGGAGAGCUUUGUCUCUGAUAUCCAGCAGUCCGCCCGCAAUGCCCCGGAAGAGCACGUCAAGGACCUCGGUAGAGACAGCACAGUGCUGCAAGAAUACAACCAGGCACUGCGCACCAUCGUUCAAUCCGCAAACCCAGAGGAAUUGGCCCGCCUGACUUCAUUGAAGGUGUGCACUCUUCUGUACUCUCAGUCACAUGGAUCUCUCGAGAUUGAAGUGCUGGUGCACCUCCUUGCCAAGCUGUGUGACAUGUCCUCGCUUAUUGCCCGGUACACAUGGGCGCUUCUCUCGGACGUUGAUGACGAACACAUGUUCAACGUCCCAGUCACAGUUGCUCUUAUCGACGCUGGUCUCCUCGAUAUCCGCCGGGUUGACAUGAACCUUACCCGUCUGAUCAUGCAAAGGAACGUGUCUGCUCUUGAGCUACUCGAUAGUUUGAUGGACCGUGUCCUCUUCAACGAGGAGCCAUCUGCCCUCCGGUCCGACUUCUCCGGCAGCUUGGAAGCCAUGAGCCAAUGGCUGGCUGAGGAUGCAACUGUUGCUCCUGGUGCUGACAUCGUGCGCAAAUUGCGUGAGUCUGGCAUCCCAGAGGUCGUCAACACUCUCCUCGAUGACCAAGCCAGAUCCAAGCGUGACCAGAUGGAGUACAUCUUCAGCGAGUGGAUUGGUAUCUACAAGGCCCCGGGUGCCACUGACCGCACCUUCCAUUCAUUCCUCCAGGAUCUCCACAACCGACAGGUGAUGAACAGCCAGGAAGACUCCGCGCUAUUCUUCCGUCUCAGCAUUGAUAUCUCUGUUGCCAUGUUUGAACAUGAAGCUCAGAACCCCAAUGGCCCUAAUAUUGAUGAGGCCUUCCUCUACAUCGAUGCUCUCGCGAAGCUGGUCAUUCUGCUCCUCCGCUUCCAAGGCGAGACUGCUGGUGCUGUUCGAGCCAACAAGGCCACCUACUUCAGCUCAAUCCUCUCCCUUCUGGUUCUGGUCCUCAACCACCACCAAGUCAUGAGAGGAGAAGCAUUCAACCAGCGAGUCUUCUUCCGUCUCUUCUCUAGCAUUCUCUGCGAGUACUCUUUGAACGGACUGCAGCACACCGAGCAACACCAAGGCAUGAUCUUCGCCCUGGCCAACAAGUUCCUCUCAUUCCAGCCUCUUUACGUUCCUGGAUUUGUGUACGGUUGGCUCUGUCUGGUUUCCCACCGGGUCUUCAUGUCGGACAUGUUGAACAUGCCCGACCGUGCCGGAUGGGCACCUUACUGUGAGAUUAUGCAGGCACUUCUGUCCUACAUGGGCGAGCAACUCAAGGCCGUCAACAUCACAUACGUUGCCAAGGAUCUUUACAAGGGCGUCCUCCGCAUCCUGCUGAUCUUGCACCACGACUUCCCCGAGUUCGUGGCUGAGAACCACUUCCAGUUCUGCAACGUCAUUCCGGCCCAUUGCGCCCAGCUCCGCAACCUUGUUCUCAGUGCUUACCCAUCCUCCUUCCAGAAGCUCCCCGAUCCAUUCCGCGAGGGAUUGAAGGUCGAGCGCAUCGAAGAGAUGAGGGAAAUCCCCUCGGUUGCCGGCGACGUUGUUGCGCCUUUGCAAAACGCCAACAUCAAGGACAUUGUUGACGGUGUGCUCAAGAACGAAAGCAUCUCCGAGACUGCCAUUCAGCAGCUUUGCGACGCCAUCCUCAACCCCGAGACCAAGGAGACCGGACUGUUCUUCGCCCCAGUCGAGGUGGACGUUGUCCUGCUGAAUGCCCUUGUGCUGUACGUUGGACAGCAAGCCGCCUUGGAGCACAACUUGAAGAGCAACACCCGGAGUGCCUUCGAGAACUCCACCCACGCCGCCCUCUUGGAUAAGCUCGCCCAAGUCUUGCGCCCGGAGUCUCGCUACUACCUGCUCAGUGCCAUGGCCAACCAGCUCCGUUACCCGAACAGCCACACCUACUUCUUCAGUUUCACGAUCCUCCGCCUGUUCGGUGUAGACUACAACGAGUCUGACGAUUCCGAUGUUCGCCAACAAAUCAUCCGUGUAUUGCUAGAGCGCUUGAUUGUUCAUCGCCCCCACCCCUGGGGUCUUAUCAUCACCCUGCAGGAGCUCCUCCAGAACCGGAGCUACUCAUUCUUCCGCCUUCCCUUCAUCCAGGCGGCUCCCGAGACAAUGGCCGACUCCGACUUUACAGGCUCAGAAUAUGAUGGUCCAGCGUUCCAGACCACAAUCAAGGACGCGGUCCUCGCGCCGUUCCGCGCGUUGGUAUCCAAGUCCGCCCUCCGGAUCUACCUGAACACCUUGCUGUUUAUGGGCGCAGCAUCCCUCCUGAUCGGAAUAUCUGCAAUUGCCUACGGUGUAUUCUACUUCAAGUUCAUCCCCACCGUCGGGCUGCAACGAGAAGUCCACCUACAGUUCGGCAAUGGCCACCCCUGGGGCACGGCGCAUUUUGACUCCGAGUUCGUGUCCUCACAACCAUACGAUGUAUCAGUGACGCUGGAGGUCCCGCGCACCCCCUCCAACCUCGACACCGGCAACUUCAUGCUCGACCUCACCCUGUUCGCCUCGCGUCCUGCCUCCCUCGUCCUUCCCGGUCCUACCAACACCCCUAUCUCGCAGGCCCGUCGCCCCGCGAUCCUGACCUAUGCCUCACCGAUGGUGGACCUUGCUCGACGGGCGACGCGCAUCCCACUCUACAUUGUUGGCUGGCGCCGGGAGUCGGAGACCCUGGAAGUGCCCAUGAUGGAGGAGCUUGAGUUUGCGAAGGGGGUCCGAAACCUGCCACAGAGUCUGCGACUUGAGAUUCAGAGUGAAUCAAGGAUGCAGAUAUACUCGGCUCAUGUUGAGUUCCGGGCUCGGCUUACGGGUCUUAGAUGGCUUAUGUAUCGCUGGAAGAUUACUUCUUUUGUGGUAUUUAGCUCCCUUUUCUGGUCUGUGUCUAUGCUCUCUGCUAGCUUGACAUGGUUGGUGUUGACGUGGGUUCUGGGUAAUGCACCUACACCCGCCAUCAAGGCGGAACUGGACCAACUGAAGGAGGAGCCGGCGACAGAGGAUGAGAGCUCGGAUGAGUCUGUCAAGAAGGAGGAAGAGGAGACCCGGCUGCUUCAUAGUGUACCGGCGGAGAGUGAAGCGAUGGGCUCAGGAUUGGAGAGUGCCAAAGCUCGUGGAGUUACUAACGACGACGGUCCUCCGUCCAACCAAUCGUCACCGUACGUGCAUUCGCUCGUCAAAUCGCUUCAAUCUGCCGGUCACACCGUUUCGGUUAUCCUACCGCACCAGCAACGAUCAUGGAUUGGUAAAGCGCACAUCGUAGGCGCAUCCGUAAAGCCUACCUAUUUCCGCCCCGGGACACUGCACCAAGAAGACGGGACAACACACCAGCUGCCCCGAGGCAGCAACGGUGAUGACAGCGAAGGCGACGAGUGGGUCCUGAUCGACUCAACGCCUGCAAGCUGCGUGCAGAUCGGCCUGUAUCACUAUUUCCAAGAGCGAGGUCCCAUCGAUGUCGUGGUCUCCGGUCCCAACUAUGGCCGCAACACAACUGCACUAUUCGCAUUGUCCAGUGGGACCAUCGGCGGAGCCAUGGAAGGUGCUUGCUGUGGCAAGCGCUCGAUUGCGCUCUCGUAUGCGUUCAGCUCGCGCAAUCACGACCCAGUCAUUAUCGCCGAAGCCUCGGGCCAUGCGGUCAAGUUGAUUGAGCAUUUGUGCGCGAACUGGGCCGACGGCGUGGAUCUCUAUAGCGUCAACGUCCCUCUGGAACCAGGAGUGAGCGAGAACAAAGUUCUAUAUACUGAUAUGCUGGACAACCGAUGGACUGGCAGCUGUUUCCAGGCUGUUGAGCCUACGUCGGCUGAUGAUCCCGAUCUGCAGGAACAGCUGCUGCGGGACCAAGGUGAAGUCGAGGGCAAGAAGCCUGACCCUAGUGUCGGUCUUAGUGAGGAGAGUGCUUCUCGUGGACCUCGGCUUCAGCACAAGCAUUUCAAGUGGGCGCCUAGCUUCCAAGAUGUCUACCGCAGUGUGGAAGAGAGCAAGCCUGGUAACGACGGUUGGACCGUCAAGGAGCAAAUGACCAGUGUUACGCCUCUUAAGGCCAACUUCAAGCCUACCCCUGGCAUCUCGGGUGAAAUCAAGCUAUCGAAUAACAAGCCCUCGCUAUACUCCAUCGUCGAUUGUGAUGAUUCCUACGUGCAGCAGAUGGUCCAGCGGGCAUUGACUCGGCGCCUGGGAGAUGCCUCCAAGCAGAUCUCGUCGGUGUCCGACCUGCCGGACUCCUCGUCGCCACUCUUCCAAUACCGUGAGUAUGAACGCAUCGACUUCGAACACGGCAUGUUCGAAUCCUCUACGUCUCUUCUGAACGCAUACGUGAUCCGGAAGGCGUUGAUUCGCAAGCACUAUCUGUCGAACACAGUGGCCGGCUGGCUUUCAAAGAACCCCGACAGCGUUCUGCGUCACCACUUCAAACCCGCCUUCGACUUUGAGCUGGAUUACUCUGAAUUCCUCGACGAUGCCCUGCUGGAAGCCUAUGAGCUGAACGACAGUCUAGCCAGGAACGAAGGGCGCGCAGACUCGGAGAAAGAAUGGUGGAUCCUCAAACCCGGCAUGAGUGACCGAGGCCAGGGAAUCCGCAUCUUCAACAGCGAAGACCAGCUCCGCGAGAUCUUCGAAGAGUGGGACGCAGACUCAGACGAGGAAGGCUCCGAAGCCGAGGAAGAUGAGGACGCUGCCCCCAACACGGGCGUCGUCACUUCGCAGCUUCGCCAUUUCCUCGUCCAGCCCUAUAUCGAUCCUCCACUUCUUCUUCCCUCGUCUUCCAACCGCAAGUUCCACAUCCGCACUUACGUUCUUGCAUCUGGAUCCCUGCAAGUCUAUGUCUUCAAGGAGAUGCUCGCCCUCUUCGCGGCCAAGGCGUAUCGCCCCCCGCACGAGGAAGAAGACGACGUCGCCGAUCUUGCCCGCCACCUUACCAACACCUGUUUCCAAGAAGGCGGCAGCUCCAACGAAGGCAGUGUGCGCCGCUUCUGGGACUUGGACCAGCAAGUCCCCGGUCUCUCAGAUGAUUGGAAGGAGAAGAUCUUCGAGCAGAUCUGCUCUGUGACGGGUGAAGUGUUCGAGGCGGCGGCGCGUGGCAUGAUGAUUCACUUCCAAACCUUGCCCAAUGCCUUUGAGUUGUUCGGUGUUGAUUUCCUCGUUGACAGCAACGGCUCUGCAUGGCUUCUAGAGCUCAACGCAUUCCCUGACUUCGCUCAGACUGGCGAGGACCUGAAGGAGGUUGUGGUUGGGCGGUUGUUUGAGGAGAUGGUCGAUGUGGCCGUGAAGCCAUUCUUCGGACUUGGCCAAGGGUCCGAAACUGGAGACUUGAAGCUGGUGGCUGAUAUUGACUUGGGGAGAAAGGCUUAG